CCGUGUAUAUUGGUCCAACUACGAACCCUUUUCCUUGCCACCAAUUGUUGGCAACGGCAUCUGCUACGACGUGGUUUCGCUCCAUUCGUGUUUCACCGAUUACUAUGAUUACGAUUGUUCACAUCUAUACGAUCCUGCAGACUGUCUUGUUAUUUUGCUCGAUUGUGCUUCAGUGUUCUGGUGAUGGAAUCGAUGUUAACGUUGAAUCUUUAAGGAAAACGGGUACAGCGGAAAAGGAUGACCAAAAGAAAAAUCCUUACAUCUGGGACCGUCAUACUAUCACUCCUUAUGACAAGCUGGUCUAUGAAAACUCCUACUGGGCCUUUACAAACCUGCCUUCUGUACGAGUCCCUGUUUUGCGGGCCCCAUUUCCGACGUUUGGCAUGGUCAUGCCUUUGCCCUAUUGGUGGUCGGGAACUGAGCAUUUCUAUCCUGUAGACGUCAAUGAUCUGGAGUUCAAACUGGUCGGGGUCGACAAUUACAUACUGAGGAGUGCGAUUUCGCGGUGUAAACAGGUGAUCACCAGUCGGAGUGGACUGUCGGUCUACCCAAACCGCUGGACGCACCAAGAACCGUUGCUCGCAGAAUGGUCCAGGGAGUACCAAACAAACAAGCGGAUAUCCACUCGAGUGGCCGGAACCGCUGGUGCCGAUUUGGAUAUUGCUGAGCGACCAACAUUUCGGUGGUCAGAGAAACGAGUGCAAUGGUUUUAUCAGAUAUUCAACUCCCAACAACAACAACAACACAAGCCAUCCACACCGUUACGUCGCGUCCGGAUCUAUGUUCGUUCAUCUGGCAAGGAUUGGCCGUCUCUGCAAAUGGACGAAUCUUAUGCCGUACUGGUUGAUGGAGAGCAAAUCUUCCUAGUGGCCAACGAAACGUGGGGUGCCUUACGUGGUUUAGAAAGUCUGAAUCAGCUGAUGUGGAGGACCUCAGACAUGACACAAGUCUACAUCAACCAGACGUACAUCUUUGAUAAACCUCGUUUUCCACAUCGUGGCUUGUUGGUCGACACUUCGAGACACUUCAUCAGCAAAUCCAUUCUGUUGGUAAACUUGGAGGCGAUGGCGUACAACAAAUUGAACGUGUUGCAUUGGCACAUUGUGGACGACAACUCCUUCCCGUAUCAGAGCCAAACAUUUCCAAGUUUGUCGCAAAAGGGUGCGUGGCAUAAACGCCAAGUGUACACACAACAUGACAUCAAAGAAAUUGUUGAAUUCGCAAGGCUACGUGGCAUACGUGUUAUACCGGAAUUCGACAUUCCAGGUCAUACCCGCAGUCUGGUCUACUCCAAACCGGAACUGCUAGCCCAAUGUCAAGGUUACGAGGAUAACACUGUCUACUUUGGACCGCUCAACCCAUUUUUCAAUGAAACAUACCAAUUUAUUGAGAAUUUUCUCAUCGAGAUGUUCAGUCUCUUUCCUGACGAAUACAUUCAUCUAGGCGGAGACGAAGUACAACCUGUCUGCUGGGAUUCCGAUCCUGAAAUGAUUAAAACACAAGCCAAACUAAAUUUACAGAGUGCUUUGUCACUCGAUUACUUCUGGAAACGUGUACAGAAUAUCGUAACUGAACUUGGAAACCGAGAACCGGCUAACCGUCGAAAAAUUGUGGUUUGGCAGGAAGUGGCUGCGCAAGUGCUCGAGCUCAAAAACUCCGUCGUAUCCCAAGUGUGGAAACCGGACAUCCCUGGGGAAUUUGCGCUGUCCGAAAAUUUGCUGUUUUCUUCCUGUUGGUAUCUGGACAAUUUGCACUUUAUACGAGAUUGGGUGCCUUACUAUCUGUGUGACCCCCUCAGACAGCUUGAUCUUCAGUCCACUUCGGGACCAACAACCCUGCUCGGUGGCGAGGCUUGCAUGUGGGGUGAAUACCAAGCCGAUGACACUAUUUUGCAGAAAAUUUGGCCUGUGACUAGCGGGAUCGCCGAACGGCUGUGGAGCCCACACUGGGUGAACAAUAUUACAACUGUGGGACCACGCAUUGAGGAACAGCGAUGUCGGAUGAUCAGUCGAGGCAUUCCCCAGGCUGUAUUGCUUGGUCCAGGAGCCUGUGAACUUCCUGGUGCAAUAACGGCGAUGCUGGAUGCAGCCUCAUUCGAAACGACCGAUUCGCAUGGCUCACAGUUUCUAAUGAAAGAGCACGAAUCGAGCGGGUUGGGUGAAGUUACGUAUGAAACGCUAUCAAUAUUCUUAACUGUCGUCUUUUUCUUUGUCCUCUUGAUUAUUCUUCUGUUUGUUGCACGCAAGUGUCUUACUACUGGUCCUGUAAAGGCUCGAAUGUUGGCGUUCUUCCCAAGACGACUUUCUGCUACACGUAUUCUAUUCUUUUCCAUGCUACUCACAUUAUUCGUUUACCUCUGCUUCGUGUACUUUGGCCAACCUCGUAAAGGAGCAUAGUUUCAUAAUCUCUGUUCCACAGCUUUCUUCUCCAGUAUCGUAUCGUUUGUUAGAUUCCCUGGACCAUUUUCUUUAGUUUGGAGUCAUUAUUCUUUCAAACAAACCCGUCUUUACUGCUGCUUUCCGUGCGCAUUCUAUCAGGCAACUGCUGUUGAUGAAUUCCAUCUUUCACGGCCAUCCAACAUGACGUUUGGGGCUCUUAGUGGCUUGUUCCUACUCGUCUACAUUUUGCGUUUGACAAAACUACUGCUACUUCACAAUCCAAUUUCAUACGUGUCCACUUGCGGUACUUGUGCAAUAUACGGUAUGAGCAAGCAUUCACUAUGUACUACUCUUGUUAGCAAAACCAAAGUGGCUCAAACCACCCACCUCCAUCACUGUUCUUGACCAUUCCGUAUUCAGUUCACGUCACGGAGCGAAUUUGCUGGCUCAGUACAAGGUGGUGCGUUGUUUUUUUAGUGCAUGUGUAAUUGAACCUGGUUCUACACACACCCUAUUUCUGUGAUAGAAAUGAUCCCACUUGUAUUAUUUUAUUCUGUCUCACCUCGCGUACUAAGCAAAUAUUUGACCAGAC